UCAAGGCCCUGGGCUGGUACCCCAACACUGCUACAUCGAGAACGUGCAGGGCACUCUCACCCUGCACCCUUGUGGCAACCCCUGUACUAUCGAUGGCGUGCCGCUCCGGGGUCCCACACGCCUCACUCAAGGACCCUCCCGGGCGAGGCCCGGCCCCCUACCCGCCCCUCCCCGGGGGCGGUGCGCGGCUGCCGGGCGCGGCGGUGGUGGGGUGCACCAUCUGCCUGGGCCAGGCCACCUUCCUCCGCUUCAACCACCCUGCCGAGGCCAAGUGGAUGAAGAGCAUGAUCCCGGCAGAGGGCAGGAGCCCGGCAGCUCCCUAUGGGCUGACAGCAAAGCCCAAGGGCCUGCUGAAUGGUGGCCGCCAGCCAGCAGAACAUCCACAUCCCAGCCACAGCUCCCUCGUCAGCUCCAUUGAGAAGGACCUGCAGGACAUCAUGGACUCACUGGUGCUGGAGGACCCAUCGUCCCCCAGCAGCAAGAAGCUGCCUGCUGGCAGCUGGUCUCCCCUCUCCCCUGUCAUGAAUGGGGGUGGACGCUGCCUCCUGUCCCCCCCCGCCAGCCCAAGUGCCACCUCGGGGGGCUCCAGCUAUGAGAACACCUCCCCCCCGUUUUCCCCCCUCUCCUCCCCACCCAGCAGCAGUGGCAGCUACACCAGUCCCUCUCCCAGCAUCCAGGAGCAAGGUCCACCUGUGCCCCCCUUGGUCCCUGUCCGCUCCUCCAGCUACAACCACACUGUGCAGCCCCCCCACCAGUGCCCACCCCCACCACCCACUGGGGUUCCUGGUGAGCCUCAGCCAGCUGAGAGGCUUGGGGACCACCGAGCAGGCAGCCCCUGGCAGACCUCCAGGGCAGCACCGCGACCACGGGCAGCCCUGCAGGAGCGGCCUCCCAGUCCCUUUCGGGAGCCACGGGACCCCCCAGCCUCCAGCCGGCAGCCUGCCAGCAGAGUGAUCCCAGAGACCCGACUGCAGCCCCCAGAGAGCCCCCGGGCAGCCAGGCGGAACAUGGAGAGUAUGCGGGAGCUGCCCCCCCUGAGCCCCUCUUUGUCGCGCCGGGCCGCCAGCCCCCACACUGCCCCUGAAACCCACUCCUCACAGCCCCGGCUGGCCAGGGAGGUGCCUGGCAGCCCCAGUGCCCGGCGCAAGGGCCUGGAGGAGUCAAGGGGUGCCGGGAGCCCCUUGACCCUGCUGACAGCGGAGACCCCCUUGCGCCGCCCCAGCUUCAGUGCCUGCCUGAGCCCAGUGUACAGGCUGGGCUCCCCAGCCAUGUCCUCACCCUGGCAGAGCCCUCGUACCUCCAGGAAACCCUUAGGGGACCCACGGCCACCAGCAGGGCCACGGGAGCGCAAGAACAGCAUCACCGAGAUCAGUGACAACGAGGAUGAGCUGCUGGCGUACCACCGUCGGCAGCGGCAGGAGCGGGUGCGGGAGCAGGAGAUGGAGCGCCUGGAGAGGCAGCGGCUGGAGACUAUACUGACCCUCUGUGCUGAGUACACCAAGACAGAGGGUGGUGAGCCGGAUGAGCUGCACCGGCUCCUGGCUGGUGAGAUGGAUGCUGGUCGGAGGAUGCCUGGUGGUGCCAUGGCUCUGGGCCGUGCCACCACGGAGCUGCGGCAGAGGGAAAGCCUGGAGCGGUCAGAUGAGGAGAACCUGAAGGAAGAGUGCAGCAGCACUGAGAGCACCCACCAUGAGCAUGAGGAGCUGGCAGAUCCUCGAGCCAAGGAGGCUCAGCGGCUGGAGGAGGAGCGUGCUGGCGUCCUCGGCCGCCUUGACCAGCUGAAGGGCCGCCUCAAGGAGCUGGAGCAACAGCUGCAAGAGACAUCACGAGAGGCGGAGAUGGAGCGGGCGCUGCUGCAGGGCGAGCAGGAGGAUGAGGCACUGCGGCUGCAGCAGGAGCAGGAGGUGGCCCAGCAGCUGCAAGAGAAGCUUUCCAGCCUGGAUGCCAGCAUCCGGAAGGAGCGGGACAAGGAAAGGGCAAAGGUUGAUGCUGAAAGGAAGGAGCUAGAGCACCUGCGGGCGCUUUACCAUGAGUCGAAGAGCCACCUUGAUAAGUGCCCUGAGUCACUGCGGGAGCAGUUGCAGGAGCAGAUGCGAAGGGAGGCAGAGGCACUGGAGAUGGAGACCAAACUCUUUGAGGACCUGGAGUUCCAGCAGCUGGAGCAGGAGAGUCGCCUCGAGGAGGAGCGGGAGUUGCAAGGCCAGCAGCUCCUACAGAGCCGGGCUGAGUGCCACCGCAGCAUCGCCCGCAGGAAGGAGCGGGUAGCUGCCCUGGAGGCACAGGCUGCCCAGGUCCGGCUGCAGAGCACCCAGGAGGCCGAGCACCUGGCCAGGGAGAGGCAUGGUGUUCUGCAGCUCCUGCAGAAGGAGAAGGAGAAGCUUGUGUCUUUGGAGAGGCGAUACCAGCUCAUCACAGGUGGCAGGAGCUUUCCCAAGAUGUCCUCCGCUCUCAGAGAGGUCUAUCGUGCCAAAAUGGAGGGUGACGCUGGUGCCCUCACCCCUCGGAUGAAGAGUGGGACCCCCUCAUCCUCACAGCUCAACCUCUCUGUGCUGGGGCACAGCCGCUCACCCAAGGGCCCCCCAAGCCCGGCAGGCAGCCUGCCCCGCAACCUGGCGGCCACACUGCAGGACAUUGAGACCAAACGCCAGCUGGCCCUGCAGCAGAAGGGUCAGCAGGUGAUUGAGGAGCAGAGGCGACGCCUGGCAGAGCUGAAGCAGAAAGCAGCUGUUGAGGCUCAGUCCCAGUGGGAAGCCCUGCGUGGGCAGCCUCCCUUCCCCAGUGCCUUCCCCCCGCUUGUGCAUCACUCCAUCCUCCACCACCACCGUCCGCAUGGCCCCCGCACUGAGGAGCUUGACCAUGCCUAUGACACCCUCAGCCUGGAGAGCUCAGACAGCCUGGACACCAGCAUCUCCACUGGCAACAACUCCGCCUGCUCACCUGACAACAUCUCCAGUGCCAGUGGGAUGGAGGUGGGGAAGAUCGAGGAGAUGGAGAAAAUGCUGAAGGAGGCACACGCAGAGAAGUCGCGGCUGAUGGAGUCCCGGGAGCGGGAGAUGGAGCUGAGGCGGCAGGCGCUGGAAGACGAACGCCGACGCCGGGAGCAGCUGGAACGCCGGCUGCAGGAUGAGACUCUGCGGCGACAGAAGCUGGUGGAGAAGGAGGUCAAGCUGCGGGAGAAGGAAUUCUCGCAGGCUCGUCCCCUGACGCGGUACCUCCCCAUCCGCAAGGAGGAUUUUGACUUGCGGCUGCACAUAGAGUCCUCAGGCCACAGUGUGGACACCUGCUACCACGUCAUUCUGACAGAGAAGAUGUGCAAGGGCUACCUGGUCAAGAUGGGUGGCAAGAUCAAGUCUUGGAAAAAGCGCUGGUUUGUCUUUGACCGCAUGAAGCGCACUCUUUCCUACUACGUGGAUAAACAUGAGACGAAGCUGAAGGGUGUCAUCUACUUCCAAGCCAUCGAAGAGGUUUACUAUGAUCACCUCCGCAGUGCGGCAAAGAGUCCCCACCCUGCGCUCACCUUCUGUGUCAAGACCCACGACCGCCUCUACUACAUGGUGGCCCCCUCUGCCGAGGCCAUGCGGAUCUGGAUGGAUGUCAUUGUCACCGGGGCCGAGGGAUACACCCAGUUCAUGAACUGAGGGGGGUGGGGCUCUGUAGUGAGGGGGCAGCGGAGUCUCUCUGCGCCCCCACGCUCAGCCAGGGGAGA